UGGCAAUAUGUAUUUGGCAAAAUUAUUUCUCAUGAAAUCAGUAGCAUGAGACGAUCAUUAUUCACGGUGAAAGUUACUAGUGACACGUCCGACUCACAAUCAAUUCAUGAAUCGACUUUCCAAAAAAUAAAGAAAAGAACAAAGUCCAUUAGUAAUAAGAUUGUUGAUGAUUUUGAAAAUGGCAUGGUAAAUCCUGGUCUACAGGCUGGGUACGCUUUAGCAUCGUUAUCCUGUUAUCAACGUAACUCGGACCUUGUUUCACAAGACCUCAAACAUACGAGUUUUUACAAAUCGAUGGUGAACGCGAUCCAAGACAUUAGCUUGUCUGAUCAUUGGCUAAUUAGAUUGGGCAUAGUUACAGAGUGGUGUAGCUUUUUUGAAACAGGUUUACAAGAACUUUUACCUACUCGUGAUGGAGAGGCUACUGUAAAGAUGUUACUGGAAGACUUAACGAAACGGCUUGUCGAAGCAAAGGUUCCCUUGACAUUCCAAAAUGUCAUUCUGUCGCUUACAGGAUAUUGCCUUGCCCUGAGGUCUUUGGAAGUAUCAUCGAGCCAGGAACAUGCAGGGAACACGUUACGUCAAAUCCUUAGGAUUUAUUCUAUUGACGAAUCCUUGGAAAACCAACGUCAACAAGUUUCGUCCCUCCUCGCUCAUGAUGAGGUGCAGUUUGCUGUCAUAAUAUCGAUGGGAUAUUUGUCAACAUUAGUUAUGAUGGAUCAUAAAUUGGUACAGCAGGUUAUAGAUACAUUGGUUUCAAAAUUGACUCAAGGAAAUCAAGCGUAC